AUUCAACUCAGCGAAAACAUCCACCAACACCCAAGCCAGUUCACACAACAAUCAAGACUUUCGGUGAUCAUGGCUUCUAACCCUGCUGCUGCGCUGCAGCGCAUUGAUGCCGGCUCGUUGAUGGACAUUUUCGAAGACAAACCUGGACGUGUUCAGCAACCCGUCAUGCAAUGCGUCCAGAUCAAGCCGAUCGCCGCCCAACCAGGAGGACCAGAACGUCACAGAGUCAUCUUCAGCGAUACGAAAAACUAUAUCCAGACUAUGUUGGCGGUGGCCCAGAACUACCUGGUCGAAGAGAAGAUCCUGCGCAAGGGAGUCCUUGUUCAACUCCUCAGUUAUUCUGCAAACAAAGUCAAGGCAAAGCGGAUCCUCAUAGUCACCGACAUCAAAGUCCUAGAAGAGUUCGGCGAACACGAAAAACUCGGUGAUCCUAAGCCCUUAGAGUUGAAGCAAGAAGAUGAAGAGAAGCCAUUCCCAACCGCCAUCUCGAGCAAUGGCUUCUACGGUGGCAAACAAGAACCUCAAAAACAGAGUCGUCCCAUGCCGAGCCAUACCAAGCCGUCCUCGUCCUCUGGUGCUCAUGCCAACAUCUAUCCAAUCGAAGCCAUCUCCCCAUAUUCCAACAAGUGGACGAUCAAGGCUCGUUGCACAAGCAAGUCAGACAUCAAGACGUGGCACAACCGUAACGGCGAGGGAAAGCUGUUCAGCGUCAACCUCCUGGACGAGAGCGGUGAGAUUCGAGCCACCGGUUUCAACGAUCAAUGCGACCAGUUGUACGAUUUGUUCCAAGAGGGAAAUGUGUAUUACAUCUCGAGUCCUUGCCGGGUAACAUUCGCGAAGAAGCAGUUCUCAAACCUGCCAAAUGACUACGAAUUACAUUUCGAAAAAGACAGCACAGUGGAAAAGGCUGAAGAGCAAGAUGGCGUUCCUCAAGUUCGGUACAGCUUUACCAGCAUCUCGGACCUGCAAGCUGUGGACAAGGACUCAACGGUCGAUGUCAUCGGUGUCUUGAAGGACAUUGGUGAGACAUCGCAGAUAACCUCAAAAACAACAAGCAAACCAUACGACAAGCGAGAACUCACCCUUGUGGAUGAUACAGGCUAUUCUGUACGAUUAACGGUCUGGGGUAAGGUCGCUGCAUCAUUCGACAUUUCACCAGAGUCUGUCGUGGCCUUCAAAGGAGUCAAGGUCUCAGAUUUUGGUGGACGAAGUCUGAGCUUGCUUAGUUCUGGUUCCGUCACUCCCAACCCCGACAUGCCUGAGGCACACAAACUGAAAGGCUGGUAUGACGAGCAAGGUCGAUCAGGUAACUUUGCCACGCAUGCCAAUGUGACCGGGACAGUCAAUGGUGCCGGAUCUCGGAAAGACCCCUUCAAGACCAUUGCAGAAAUCAAGGAAGAGCAGCUAGGAAUGUCCGAGAACCCGGAUUUCUUCUCUGUCAAGGCAUCGAUACAAUACAUCAAACAGGACAACUUCUGCUACCCUGCAUGCUUGUCAGAAGGAUGUAACAAGAAGGUGGUUGAGAUCGACCCUGGUCAGUGGCGAUGCGAACGAUGCGACAAGACUCACCCGAAACCAGACUACCGGUAUAUCAUGUCUGUCAACAUUAGUGAUCAUACCGGUCAGUUGUGGGUCAGCUGUUUCGACGAGACUGGAAGGAUGAUCAUGGGCAAGUCGGCUGACGAAUUGAUGGAACUGAAGGAGGUGGACGAAAAAGCCUUGACAGAAACGUUCUCGGAAGCAAACUGCAAGAUCUGGAACUGGAAGUGUAAGGCCAAACUCGACAAUUUCCAGGAGCAGCAACGCGUUCGAUACCAGGUCAAUUCGGCAUCGCCUUUGAACUAUGUGCUGGAAUCACAGAAAUUGAUUGACUUGAUCAAGCAAUACAAUAUCGACUAGGGGGAAGGCGUUACAGUUACAAUACGUUGAAGGCGCAGGCGAAACCUGAGAGGCAUCAACACAACUACGCUGGUAUGGUUGUGGGUUGUGGAUUGCAGAAUGCUUAGUCAAUCUGUUGUAUGAAUAACUAAGUUGUUGCUGGUUAUGGGAGCAUAGGGGUGACGCUGCAUGAGGGCAUGAUAGUUGUGUUCUUGCGUCAUUACUAAUGUGCCGAAUACUCCGUACCACGAACCAAGCUUCGCGCAAUCGAUGUUCCGGGCUCGAGACUUGAAUUCAU